CUAUACGCACAUCCGUGCCCACCCAGCAGUUCCAGUGGCCAAAUCUCACUAUUGUGUCGGUGGUUUAUUUUGCCCAACCAUCUCGUUCCAACUGGUGCAGUCCACGUGUCGCAUCUCCCAAAGCAAGCAGAGCCCCUAAUGUGUGGCUUAGCAUGCAUUGGGCAGUGUUGGCGGGGGCGUCCAGUGGGAUGCCAAUGAUGAUUCUGCGGGGGAGCCUCGAACUCCAUGCUUGCCCUCUUCGCACUUAACCUUUCCCCAUUCAACAGCAUCGCGCAAACCGACGCGCAAACCGGUGCGCGCACACCAUCUCGCGACAUGGAGGCUUUUGCCGCGGUCGGCUUGGCCAGCAACAUCCUGCAGUUCCUCCAGUUCGCACGCGAAAUUGCUCUCGAAGCGAACGAAAUUCACAACUCGGCGACCGGCAACACCAAGGAGCUCGAGGGCGUCGAAAAAACAUGCCUGUUCCUCGAAAAGCUGACGAGCGGGUUGGUCCCACCCCUGUCGCCGGCCGAACUCGGUGCUCUCCCUCCCGAAAGGCGUCCCAUGGAGGAAGAGAUUACGCUCGCACGAGUCGCUCUGCGAUGCAAGGAGGCCGCCGAUAACCUGCACAAAGAGCUCAACAACAUGAAAGCCGGAAGUUCGAAAUCGUCUUGGGGCCGAGCCGCCAGCAUCCGGCUGUCGCUCAAGAACUGGGCCAGCCAGCCUCGCAUCACAAGUCUCCAGAAAACGGUCAAUGAGAAUCGCAAAGACCUGCUGCUCAGUCUUCACGCUGUCACGACCCGAAAGCAAUCCAGUGUGCUUCGCCAUCUCGAAGAGCUCAAGAGCACGACCUCGCAUCUCGUCCAUGAUCAUCCGCGGCAGCUGCAGGGUGUGACCGAUUUGGUGGACCAGGUCAAGACAGCGACCGAUAAGCUUAUUGUUGGCACGAAGGACAAUUCGAUCUCCUUCGCCACAAUAUCCAGGCAGUUGGACCAAAUUCUGGCGGCGUCCAAGAGGCAUUGGGGGGCCGAACACGCACUCGUUGAGACCCUCUUCUACGAAACGUUGAGUAUGCGCCAUGAGUCUAUCCCCGAAGCCCACAAGGAAACCUUUAAGUGGCUAUUCGUCUCGGACUCGGCGGGUGAGAGUCGUCGCUUGAACCACUCUAAACCUGCCCCCCCGGAUUCGGCGGAGCAAGGCCACGGCUUGGAGCGCCCUAAACCCACCAUACUGGAGUGGCUCCGCACUGGUGAGCGUAUCUACUGGGUAUCUGGAAAGCCCGGAUCCGGGAAGUCAACCUUGAUGAAGUACAUGGUAAACAGCCACGAAGUCCAAACCGCCCUCCGCCGAUGGGCGUAUCCAAACACGUGUGUUAUAGCAGCGUGCUACUUCUGGAACGCCGGGACGCGAAUGCAAAAGUCCAUUGAAGGCCUGCUGCGGUCACUUCUGUUUGACAUCUUCGCACGGAAUCCUGAGCUUAUCCCGAUAGGGGCGCCGGAGCGUUGGGAGGCAUUGAAGAACGGGCCUCAAACCCAACGAUACCGCGGCCCUGGAAGCGGUGACGUGCUGCAACCGUGGACGGUCCCAGAGAUGAUUGACGCGCUUGCUCGGCUAGGAUCGACACAGGCAGUACCGAUACGCUUCUGUCUCUUCGUCGAUGGCCUAGAUGAAUACAGCGGCAACCAUCUAGACCUUCUCAAGGUUGUCAAUACUUUGGCGGAUGGUCAGAACUUCAAGCUCUGUGUUUCCAGUCGGCCUUGGAAUGUCUUUGAGGACUCGCUUGGUCUGGACGCCCAGAAAAAGCUAUACGUCCACGAACUCACGCGACGCGACAUCGAACGGUACAUUUCAUCCACCCUGGAGGAGAACAUACACUGGAAAACCGAAACUGCUAGGGAUCCUCGUUACCAGGACCUAACUUCCGAGAUUACCGAGAGAGCCCAGGGCGUGUUUUUAUGGGUGUCACUUGUCGUCCGGUCGGUGCAAGAAGGCUUGACAAACGGAGAUUCCAUCAUAUUGCUCCAGAAGAGAACGAGAGAGCUCCCCAGUGAGCUUGGUCCGUUUUUCAGGCACAUAUUAACCUCCAUUCCGGCUAUCUACCACACCCAAAUGGCUUUGUACUUCCGCGCCGCCCUCGAAGCUCCCGGCGUGCCCACUCUACUGCUCUAUUCAUUUCUCGACGAUCAUUUCGAGCGCAGUCUACUUAGCGCUUUGGAACAACCUUCGAUUCUGGAAACUAGCUUGGACAAAUCGGACGCGGAGAUUACCAAGCGACUGUCACUGGCCCGGAGGAGGCUAAAUGCACGCAGCAAGGGGCUACUAGAGUCGCAUAUCUCGAGCCACCAAACGAAGACUGCAAGUCUGGGCCACUCGGACGCCAAAGUCACGUUUCUUCACCGUACGGUUAGGGACUUUCUGUUGACCGCGGAGAUGGGCCAGUUCCUAGACGAGAUCCUGGGGGGUUAUCCAGUCGACACUGUUGUGCUCGGCGCGCACGUUGAGCUUAUCGAAUUCAUAUCUAUGGGCGCGGACUUGACGCUGUGCUCCAAUAGCCUCGUCGAGGAGGCAAUGUUCUACGGCGGAAAAGCCGAGAAGGAGUCUCCUGAAGCUGCUGUCGACUUUAUCACCAGGCUGGGCCGCAUUGUGCCGGAGUUGAGCAUGGUGGGCGAGAAGUCGGUACGGAUGAUGGACUUGGUACUGCGCAACGGUCUUUCCCACUACGUGAAACACCACACCGGCAUUCGCUCGAUCGGGUUCCAGAACCGGGUCGCAAUUCUGCGGCUGGCCCUGCAACCCCGCAAGAAGAAGAUCAAUGGCGACGUAGCAGACAGUAUCGCCGUUGCAAGGACGCUCCUUGAGACUGGUUCUCGGGUGGACGAUGGAAUCUGGGCUGGCUAUCUUUACGGAAAGCAUCAUUUUGUCUUAGAGCGCGGUCUUCAUCCAGAGAAAAUUACAUUGGACAUGGGGGAAGAGGUGGAGAUGCUUGAACUUUUGCUCAUGCAUACCAACAACAUCAACCUCACGGAAGAGCGCGGUGAUGUCAUUUGGGGACCUCUGUUCGAGGUCAUAAUUCGGAACCUUGAGAUGUCACCAAAGCUUCGAAGCGGUCAGCUCAGGUUUCUCCGGGCGCUAUUCUCGGGCGGCGCGAAUCCGAAUGCGAAAUACAAAGGGACGCGUACCGUGUGGUCUUGGUUUAGCCAAGAAGUCAGAGCACCGUCCAGCAGCGAUAUGCCCACCUGGCAGCUUGAUCCCAUCGCCGCCAUUGUCGAAAUGUUGCUGCGGGCCGGCGCCGAUAUCAAGCACGCCGAUCGGUUGACGAUGGAUGACAUAAACGGCGUCUUUCCACCACAGCUUGCGCAGUCUGUCCUCAUCACUAUGCAGCGUUGCGAAGAGGAACACCGAACGCAAGGAUGGAUGAAAAGAGCAAAACACACACCUGAUCCACACGAUCCCAUAGGAAAAGGUCCUCCUAAAGAAUCGUGGAUCUCAUGGAUAGGCCGCCAAGUUUGGUUUCCUGCCGUUUGAGAAGGGGCAAGGGUUGGGCAAUGUGCAUAAUGAUAAGAAUUACAGUUGGGCUCGGUGGAAAGUGUGAAUCAUCGGUACUUAUCUGGUAC